UUUAGCAUGCAGCAGGGGCGUGGACAACUGCAGUACUCUAGAUGACAGGUCGUUUUGCUUGUAAUGUUUAGUCACAGUAAUGUUUGUGUUUAGCUAACGUUUGGCCGCUAUUUUAUUGAACUAUCAAAUAGAAAGCUGUUGACGCACCAUAAAGGAGAGAGCAGGUGUAUUUAGUCGUAUAUUCGUUGCCUCUUUAGUGCCUGUAUUGAUUUUUUUAGGCUUAGCAGUAGUUAGCACCGAGCUAGCUGGUGUUAGCUAGCCGGCUAGUUUUUAGCAUCGCUACCUCAGUCCUCGCAAGCAGAUAAGUUUGUUUUGAUGGCUGUAGUGAUGCCCAAGCCGCACAGCUAGCAGCAGCGGACCAGUGAAGCUUUCACCGAGGACGGCUGGCACUGACGAUGGCGUUUACUGGGGACGUGCCUGCAGAGAACUGGCCGUGAGAGUCAUCAACCUGGGUAGCAACGAUGUCCUGCAAAUCUACAAAAGUGGCCCCGAGUGUCGACUUUGACCAUAGUUGCUCUGACAGCGUCGAGUAUUUGACGCUCAAUUUCGGUCCAUUUGAGACAGUCCAUCGCUGGAGAAGGCUUCCUCCAUGUGACGAGUUUGUUGGAGCAAGGCGCAGUAAGCACACUGUUGUGGCGUACAGAGAUGCCAUAUACGUAUUUGGGGGGGACAAUGGGAAGAACAUGCUGAACGAUCUGCUACGUUUCGAUGUCAAGGACUGCUCAUGGUGUCGAGCUUUCACCACUGGAACCCCACCUGCUCCCAGAUAUCAUCACUCAGCUGUUGUCUAUGGCAGCAGCAUGUUUGUUUUUGGGGGCUACACUGGAGAUAUCUACUCCAACUCUAACCUGAAAAAUAAAAAUGACCUUUUUGAGUACAAGUUUGCGACAGGACAGUGGACAGAAUGGAAGGUAGAGGGCAGCUUGCCAGUGGCCCGGUCAGCACAUGGGGCCACAGUCUACAAUGAUAAACUAUGGAUAUUUGCUGGCUACGAUGGGAAUGCCAGGUUAAAUGACAUGUGGACCAUCAGUCUGCAGGACCGAGAGCACGCCUGCUGGGAGGAGAUUGAUCAGAGUGGUGAGAUUCCCCCAUCUUGCUGCAACUUCCCUGUGGCUGUAUGCCGGGACAAGAUGUUUGUGUUCUCUGGUCAGAGUGGAGCCAAGAUCACCAACAACCUUUUCCAGUUUGAAUUCAAGGGCCAUAUGUGGACACGCAUCCCCACUGAACACUUGCUGCGUGGCUCCCCACCACCUCCCCAAAGACGCUACGGCCACACCAUGGUCGCUUUCGACCGCCACCUGUAUGUAUUUGGUGGUGCUGCCGACAACACGCUCCCCAAUGAGCUGCACUGCUAUGAUGUUGACUCUCAGACGUGGGAGGUGAUUCAGCCCAGCCUGGACAGUGAGAUGCCCAGUGGGAGACUCUUCCACGCGGCGGCUGUGAUUCAAGAUGCCAUGUACAUCUUUGGAGGGACAGUGGACAACAAUGUGCGCAGUGGGGAAAUGUACAGAUUCCAGUUCUCAUGCUAUCCAAAAUGUACCCUCCAUGAGGACUACGGCAAACUGUGGGAGAACCGCCAGUUCUGUGAUGUGGAGUUUAUUCUGGGCGAGAGGGAGGAGAGAGUCUUGGGGCAUAUUGCCAUAGUGACUGCAAGAUGCCAGUGGCUGCGGAAGAAAAUCCUGCAGGCACGGGAUAGGCAGAGACAGAAGAGUAAACAGGAGAGCAGCGAGGAGAGUGAUGAGGGGGUAACUGGAGGCCCGAGGGAUAUCCCAGGAGGCAGCAGGCCAUCGGGGACACAGCCUCUGCUAGAGGUAUCCAUCAGGGAAGCAGAGGCUCAGCCCUUUGAAGUGCUAAUGCAGUUCCUCUACACAGACAAGAUCCAGUACCCACGCAGAGGUCACGUCCAGGAUGUUCUUCUAAUUAUGGACGUAUACAAACUCGCACUUAGUUUUAAGCUUUCACGGCUGGAGCAGCUAUGUGUGCAGUACAUAGAGGCGUCUGUUGACCUGCAAAACGUUCUGAGUGUGUGUGAAAACGCCAACAAGCUGCAACUGGAUCAGCUCAAGGAGCACUGCCUUAAUUUUGUCGUGAAGGAGUCACAUUUCAACCAGGUGAUUAUGACCAAGGAGUUUGAGCAUCUUUCCACCCCUCUGAUUGUGGAGAUAGUGCGGCGUAAGCAGCAGCCUCCCCCCAGGCUGUACUCAGACCAGCCUGUGGACAUAGGAACUUCACUAGUGCAGGACAUGAAGGCUUACCUGGAGGGAGGCGGCUUGGAGUUCUGUGACAUCAUCCUGCUGUUGGAUGGACACCCACGGCCGGCGCAUAAAGCCAUACUGGCAGCCCGCUCCAGUUACUUUGAGGCGAUGUUCCGCUCCUUCAUGCCUGAGGACGGUCAGGUGAACAUCUCCAUCGGUGAGAUGGUUCCAAGUAAGCAAGCCUUUGAGUCCAUGCUGCGUUACAUCUACUACGGGGAUGUCAACAUGCCUCCAGAGGACUCCCUUUAUCUGUUUGCUGCACCAUAUUACUAUGGCUUUUCAAAUAACAGACUGCAGGCCUACUGCAAGCAGAAUCUGGAGAUGAACGUUACUGUGGAGAAUGUCUUGCAGAUUCUGGAGGCGGCAGACAAGACCCAGGCGCUGGACAUGAAGAAGCACUGCCUCCAUAUUAUCGUCCACCAGUUCAUCAAGGUAUCCAAGCUUCCCAACCUGCGGUCUCUCAGCCAGCUGCUGCUGUUGGACAUCAUCGAGUCCCUAGCCACACACAUAUCAGACAAACAGUGUGCUGAGAUGGGCUCCGACAUUUAGGAUGACCCGGAGAGCUGCACUCUUUUCUCCUCUCAGAGAAGCCCUGAAUAUUUUCUCCACCUCCGCCCUACUUCUAGUCAUUCCCUCCUCCCCACAUGCAGUACUUUUAUUUAUGUUGGACCUUGCAUGUCUUGGCUCCCAAUAGUUUCCCUUAUCCACACAGUAUGAAAUUGUACUUGUUUGUAUGAUGUGAAAUGAUAAACUACCUUCAGGCAAUCAGAUGUGCUAUUACGCUACACAUCUUGACUAGGAGUCAAAUUGGGGAUUAUUGAACCCAUCAGUUCAACUGUAGCAGUGAUUAAAGUACCCUUGGUAUGUACUUAUUAGCAUCCAUUCAUUUUGUAUCAUCAGAGCAAAACUUGAAUUAUUUAGGUUUUAUUCUGCAAGCAUUUUUUCAGAAUUGUCAUGAGCAAAUAGUCAUCUAAAUGUAACAACAUGAAACAUACCAUUAUAUGGAUUUUUUUUAAAAUCCUCAUCUGUAUUCACUAAUGCUCCCCCCUUUGAAAAUGUUUGAAAGCAGUUAACAUAGCAGCAGGCAAAAGAAUUUGUAUUAGCUGCAUAUGAUAUGUAUAGUAUGUUGCAUCUGUCUCAAAGUUAUUUUUGUUUUAAUGUGUUUGACUUUAGCACACAGACCUUUUAUAUUUGUGGUAAUAACCCCAGCUACAAUAAUUGACAAAGACAAGAGCUGUCUUUACCUGUACAAUAUAGCAGUGUGUAGUACGUGAUACCAAUAUGCUGUUAUUUAAUGUUUAUCCACAUGGGUUCCAUGUAUUUAAGGCCUUAAUAAAUAUCCUCAUGAAAUGAC